CUCUGGAUUGUUCUCCCGGCACUUGCUUCGGCGAUUGGGCUCUUCCCAGACAUCCCGCGACAUUUUCGAUCAUCGCCGAUACUCUCCAUCGCCGAUCCCCUUCCGCCUCACCUUCUCCGCUUUGACCUUCUCCUGUCCCCCCCCCUCCACUCCGCCAUCCACCCCUCGGCAGCCCCGCUUCUCCUGAAAUUGGGCUUUGGCCUCCCCCCUCUCUCUGCCCCGCAUCCGCAAUGUCGCACCCAGGCUCGCUCAUGCCCGGCGGUCCCAACCCGACACCGUCCCAACAAGCUUCGUCGAGACACCAUACUCCUCUUCCGCCGCUCAAGGCCCUGCUUGGCAGCAGUCUACCGUGGCCAAGGAACCAGGACGCGAGCGCCCCAUCCUUUCCCUACCCGCCUCCCUCUGAGCCCUUUGCCCAGAAGCGGAUUCAGGAACCCGGCAACUCGCCAUUGCAUACCCGCACCUCGCCGCAGUACCCGCACGUCCCUGCUGGGCCCUCGGGCGCUGCCGUCCUCGAUCUCCGCAACGAGCCUGUGUCCUUCCAGCGACCGGAAGCUUCCAUGGUCCUCCGGCCACCCUCUCCCGACCCGGCUACGCCGUCUCGAGGCUUUCCGGCUCCGCUCGUGGCCGAAUCGCCCUUUGCCUCCUCUCCGACUUCCCAUCCAUCCUUCCCGCCAAAUCGGCGUGGCUCCCGUCACAGCCUCUCCCCUCUCAAGCGGUCGGCGUACGACUCUUUCGCACCGCCAUACGACGAUCAUCGUCGUGAGUCGGCAGAAGAACACGAUCGCUCCAAGCGCCGAUACUUUGGCCAUCCCCAACCACUGGCCCCCGAGCACGGUGUCUAUUCUCGCCCUGAGGGGCCUUGGUCCUUCCAACAGCCUCAGCAGCCACAGCAACCACAGCAACCACAGCAACCACAGCAACCACAGCAACCACAGCAACCACAGCAGCCACAGCAGCCACAUCAACUACAGCAGUCACAUCAACACCAACUACAUCAGCAACCGCAUCAGCAUCAGCAACUGCAACAACAUCAGCAUCAGCAGCAGAAGCCGCAGCUCCGACCUGUCCCCGAUAGUGUCCCAUCCCACUUUCAUCCUCGUGCUUCUACGCCGUCCUGGCCCGGCCACAGCGCAUCGCCUGCUAGCUCCUCACCGUCGCUCCGUGCCACCGAGAAAAAGGUCAUCGCCCACGAGCAUGUCUCGCACCUCGGUGCUCUUGAAACCCUGUUGACGAAUAUUGCCAGCACAUGCGAGGUGCUGAAAGACUUUGCCAUGGAGUGCCAGCGCCAACUCAAGUCUGCCAAACAGGAGCAGCAUGUCCACCUAUGGAACAAGUCCGAAAAGAUUAACGUGCUUCUCCAGAACCUGGUCGAGACCCUCGACUCGACGGGAGCGCCGGGCACGAGCACUCAGUCCCUCUCGGUUUCGGAGAUGCUCAAGGAGAAGCAGACCAAAGACUUUCAGCUGCGAUCUCGAAGCACAUACAAGAAGCGAAGCAGGACGGCAUCCGAGCCCGGCCGGUGCCAUUCAUGUAACAUCAGCGAGACGCCCGAGUGGCGGCGUGGCCCCGAUGGCGCCCGGACGCUCUGCAACGCUUGUGGGCUGCACUUCUCCAAGCUCGUCAAGAAGCGCCAGGACGGGUCCAUCCCAACAAACGAGGAGCUCGCGCGGUACAUGAGCGGAGGCGGCCUUGCGGACGCUGGUGUGCACCGACGAGAGCCCGGCCGCUCGCCCACCGACAACGGCUCGUCCAAGUCGGUCCCUCGCAGAGACAGGACCAGCCAGAGCGCCUCGCCGACGCCCUCAGAGCAUGUCUCUGACGGCCGGCCGUCGGAAACGAGUCAAGCAGGCUUGGCCGUUUCGUCCCUCCCCAGUGCGCGGACGCAGCCUCUGGCUCCUUAAAACCCACCAUUCGGGUCUCGUCCAUCUUGCCCAUAUCCAACGUAAUCGCUCGCGCAGCUUGGCCUGGCUUGCAGCCGCUUCCGCCUCGUCAUCGUCACCGCAUCGUCAUCCCCGCCGCCACCACUACCACCCAAAUCUAUUUUUUUUUGGCCGCCUGUCUGCCUGCCUGCC